AAAUCUGAGUUAAAAUGUAGUUUUCUGUUUAAGUUAUAUUCUCUCGAUCACCUUCAAAAGAAAAAUUCUUCUUCGCAAAAGUUUGACUGCAUUUCUAACCCAAAAACAUCUUUACGAAAAUAAACAAACGAGCAGAAAAAGGGAAAGAAAAAAUCGGCCUUUGUUUUGCUACACACUCACGUUUUUAUCGGACGACAACUUGAUUAUUUUUUAAUCUUUUCUCAUCCGGUAAACCCCGCUCUGUUUGAGGAAAUUGUUUGGUUGCUCUGCGGUAAACGGGCCAAUCAUGCUUGCAGGAAUAAACUCUUUACUUCUAUAAUUUUUAUGUAACUUUGAACACUGCUUCAUCCGUUUUUAAAGAAGAUAUCACCAUCUCUAUUCUGUUACAGAAUUAUUCAGUCAACUCAACUCGAGUCGAUAAGCAGUGCGGAGAAAAAUUCCUGCCCUUAGAAAAUGGAAGCACUGAGCAUUUUCUUAGCCACUACCAAAGACGUCUCCUAUAUACUGCUUAGUCAUCCUUUCUAUUCUAUAGUGGGAACCCUAUUUUUAACUGUAGGUUUAUUGACAUUUUACUGUAGAUUGACCCUUGGAGUGUGUAACAGUGAUCAAGACAUGACCGGAAAAACUGUACUGAUUACAGGAGCAUCAGAUGGGAUCGGCAAAGAAACUGCACGUGAUUUGGCCAGGAGGAAUGCACGAGUCCUAUUGGCUUGCAGAAAUUUGGGCAAAGCCAAUAAAGUCGCCCAGGAAAUAAUGGAAGACACGGGAAAUCACAACCUCGUCCUGAAAGCACUGGAUCUCAGCAGUUUCGAUUCCGUGAGAAAAUGUGCCAGAGACGUGCUCAGAACAGAGAAGGAGCUGCAUGUUCUCAUAAACAACGCCGGUAUUAUUUCAUCCGGGAAGCGGGAGACAACAGAGGACGGAUGCGAGAAAGUGAUGCAGACCAAUCAUUUGGGACAUUUUCUCCUCACGCUGUUACUCUUAGAUUUACUGAAAAAGAGUUCUCCGAGCAGAAUUAUUAACGUGUCUUCUGCUGCCUACACCCACGCUAAAUUAGAUGUGGACGACUUAAAUAAUGAGAAAUCGGAGCCUCUGUAUAACAUGAGAUAUUACUUCAACUCAAAGUUGGCAAACAUAUACUUCACAAAAGAAUUAGCUUCAAGACUUUCUGGAACAGGCGUAACGGUGAAUGCUGUGCAUCCUGGGGCGGUUAGGACUAACGUCUUUUCUGGCAGAAAUGGAUUAUUGGUUGCUUUAUCGAAACUUGGCUUUCUUUUUCUUGGAAAGUCUUCUGCAGAAGGUGCGCAAACAACUAUCCACGCCGCCGUUCACCCUAAUCUGGAGAGAACUACUGGGAAGUACUUUGGCGACUGCAAAGAGGAGAAAUUGCAAGGUAUAGCGUCUAGCAGGGCGAUGGCAAGGCGAUUGUUUGAAAACAGCGAGAAGAUCGUCGGUUUGACAUUUCAGGGAGGGACUAUAUAGCGAAUGCUCAAAAUUUCAAAAAGAUUCAAGAAUUUCAAGACGACAAGGAUCUUAACCACACUGUUAAAAUUAUUCAAAGAUGAUUUGAAGAUCAAGGAGAGGAAUAGGACAUCUUGAUUGCCCCCCCCCCCCUCCAGAAUCCUGACUGGAGCACAAAUGAAUGAUUGUGGUGAUAUUUGAAGUCGAAACUUCGUCCACAUUCUACUUUUUUGAAUUAGAGGCUGCUGUCAAGGAAGCAUAACUUCAUAUUCCAUUAAAUGUUGUCCAUGACUUAUAUGACUCCCAUCCCACAUCAAAUAGAAACUAUAAUUAAGUCGAAGGUUGGUACAACCUUUUAUUAAUAAAGCUUUUCUCUUA